AUGCAGACAGUAAUUCUACUGGGGACAGCCCACCCACACAUCUUCCACCGUUUCCAAUACCUGAAAGACCAAGAAGUGAGAGUACUUGGAUAUUAUGAAAGCGACAAACAAAUCUCAUCACGCAUGCAAGAGAAAUCAGGCUUUACAGAAUACACCAACUGCGACGAACUACUUCAACUCAACUUCGACACUGUAUUGAUCCAUGGCCGCGACUACGAAAACGCCAAUUAUAUUCGUCUUGCUAUAAAUAAUGGCGCAAAAGCCAUCUUUCUAGAAAAGCCCGGCGUGGCGCGACCGGAGGAACUCCAUGAACUUCGAUCCGAGAUUACCAGACUUGGUAUCAUUUUCGAGAUUGGGUGGGAAUUACACUAUCUCGAAACGGUGGAGUUUGCACGACAGUUGUUGCGGAGUGCGGUUUUGGGGAAUAUCACCCAAGUUCGUUUUCAUGGUGGCUGUCCCGGUGGUGCGGCUGCAGAACCGUGGCAAUCAUAUGAAGAGAAUAUUGGAGGUUUUUUCUACAGUUUAGGUGGACAUGUGGUUGAGAUUUUGGUUGAUUUGUUUGGGCUUCCGAAUCAGGUGGUUUCGUCGAUUAGGAAGUUGCCUGUGGAGAAGGCUCAUCGGGGGUUUUCGUGGUUUCCGGAUCUUUUUGGGGAACGGGAGUUGAAUCCUGAGAAGGCUAUUGGGACGUUAGUUCAUGAGGAUCUUGCGUCGGCUAUCUUGGAGUAUGAUACUAUGAAUGCUCAUCUUGAUUUUACAGCCUGGGAGCCUAGUGGGUAUCUUCAUGAUUGGACGGUUGAUAUAUAUGGUACUGGUGGUGCACUUCAUCUCAAUCUUGAGACUGGUGGGUAUAUUUUGAUGAAGGAUGAGGGAGAAGGUUGGAAAGCAGGUCGAAAUGAGAUUCUUGUUGCGGAGAAAUAUGGGAAGGGGGAGAUGUUGACGGAGGCGUUCAUCAGACAAAUGGAUGCUUUCUUUUCUCGGAUUCGGACUGGGAAGUCUAGUUCGAUGCCAUGUGACGAGGUCAUUGCACAAAAAGUUCUACAGCUAUUUGAUGCGUUGUAUAAAUCUGCAGAAACCAGAUUAUGGGUUCCAGUGGAGGGCACAUAG